AUGUCGCUCGAGAAGGACAGCACCAAGGACAUCGAAAAGGCCGGCGGCGCAGACGUGCACGUCGGCCUGCCCCUCCAAGGGGCGCCGACGACCGUCAACGCCAACACGCACACCGUGCGCCUCGCCGAGGCGGACGAGGCGGCCGCCCUCGUCGCGGGGUUCACGGGCAAGAUUGACGAGGCCGAGGCUGCGCGCGUGCGGCGCAAGAUUGACUGGCACCUGAUGCCCCCGUUGAUGCUCCUCUACCUCGUCCAGUUCACCGACAAGACGACGCUCGGCAGCUCGUCGAUUCUGGGUAUCAAGAAGGACAACCACCUCAGCGCGUCGCAGUACAACUGGCUCGCGACCAUCUUCUACCUCGCCUACCUCGUCUUCGAGUGGCCGCAGAACCUCGCGCUGCAGCGCUUCCCGCCCGCCAAGUGGAUGUCGCUCAACAUUUUCCUGUGGAGCGUCAUGCUCUUCGCCCAGGCGGGGUGCCAUAACUUUGCCGGCCUGUUCGUGUGCCGCCUGUUCUUGGGCGUGUGCGAGGGGUCUAUCACCGCCGGCUACCUGAUCAUCACGUCCAUGUUCUACACGCACGAGGAGGCCUCCCGGCGCGUAGGCUACUGGUUCCUCAUGAACGGGACCGCGCAGAUCUUUUCAGGCUUGGUCAGUUUUGGCGUGUACCACGUCGACGCGCGCCACUUUGCCCCGUGGCGCCUCUUCAUGAUCAUCACGGCCGCGGUUACGCUCCUCAUGGCCGUCGCGUUCUACUGGUUCGUGCCCGACUCGCCGGUGAACGCGCGCUUCUUGACUCCCGAGGAGAAGGUGGUCGCUAUUGAGCGCCUUAAGAACCACUCGAGCGGCAUCGAGAACAAGACGUGGAAGAAGGAGCAGUUCAUCGAGGCGAUCAAGGACUGGAAGCCGUGGGCUUUCUUCUUCUAUGCGAGCAUCGCGCAGCUGCCCAACUCGCUCACGAACCAGAACGCCCUCAUCAUCAACUCGUUCGGAUGGAGCGUCAAGCAGACCACGCUACUGGGCAUCGUCCCCGGCGUCCUCGAGAUCAUUGCGAUCCUCGCCUCGUCCGCCCUGCUGAAGCGCUUCAAGAACUCGCGCACGUGGAUCGGGCCGCUGUUCGUCCUCCCCAACUUUAUCUCCGCGGUGCUCAUCAUCUCGCUACCAUGGCACAAGAAGGGCGCGCUCCUAGCAGCAAUGUACAUCGGCGGGCUGGGCGGUGCGCCGGCGUUCGUGAUCGCGCUAGGCUGGUGCACGGCCACGAACGCGGGGCACACGAAGAAGACGACGGCGAACACGUUUAUUCUGAUCGGGUACUGCCUCGGCAACCUGCUCGCGCCGCAGAUGUGGGAGGCGCGCUACGCGCCGCGGUACUACGUGCCCUGGGGCGUCAUUCUCGGGUCGUACGUCGUCGCGUCGGCCUUCAUGGUCGGCAUUGGGUUGGCCCUGCGCAAGGAGAACAACCGCCGCGACCGCCUCGCGGCGGCUGGCGAGCUGCCCGUGCAGAAAUAUUAUGAUGAGAAUGGGCAGGAGGUCGACCCGACGUUCCUCGACUUGACCGACAGGCAGAACUUGGCGUACAGGUACCCGCUGUAA